AUGAUCUUGAUCGCGACAGUGGGAAUACAUUUUUUCGAGCAUGCGACUGGGAUCGAGGCCGUCAUAUUGUACAGCCCGUGGAUUUUCAAGGCAGCCGGAAUAACUUCGGAAGACAAACUCUUGCUCGCCACGGUCGGUGUAGCAUUUUUCUCGAUCGGGCUUGGGCCAAUCACGUGGGUGUACAGCUCGGAGAUAUUCCCGUCGAGACUCAGGGCUCAAGGAGCUAGCAUAGGCAUUGCGGUUAAUAGGAUCAUGAACGCGAUGAUCUCGAUGAGUUUUAUGUCGAUAACUAAUGCGAUCUCGACGGGCGGUGCGUUCUUUGUGUUCGCUGGAUUCGCGGUGACUGCAUGGUGGUUCUUCUUCUUUAUGUUCCCGGAGACGAUGACAUUGGAGGAGAUAGAGAAGCUUUUUGGUGGUGGGGAUGCUCGUGGUGAUCGCAACGGACUAGAGAUUCAAACUAAGAAAAUCAAUAAUUAG